UAGCUCAGAAUUUAGAAUUUAGCUAAUAAAGAAUCUUGGAGCUAGAUUUUAGGAAUUCGGUUUGGUCAUCUCCGUUGUUUUGGCGCCCACCCUUUGCAUUGCAGAGCCGAAAUCUCGGUCCGAUUUUUCUGUAGAGAGACAAAAUAACUGCCAACUAUGGCAUACACGUCGAGGCUCGACCGCGUCUCUUCUGUUCUCAUCAUCUUCGUUCAUUUACAAUUUGCGAGCAACCAGACAAAAGAGAGGUUAACCAUUAGCUUUCUGUUUCGAUUAAAGUUGGUGUUUAUAGUUAAUUAUGAAAUUCUUUGUCGGAUUUUAUAAGGAAAACUGCUCGGAGUUUGGUAUCGAGAGUUGAAUUUCUUUGGACUUUGGAGGGCGGGAGAAGAUUGAAGGUUUUAAUAAUUAACAACAGAGUAUGAAAAUAUGGACUCUUGUCCUGAUCUCUAUCCUUUGACGAGUUUGCAGAUUGGGGAUAUAAAGUCCAAUCUAUCACAGGCUUUCCUAUAUUUUGCUCCUAUUAGCCAUAAAUUUCUUAUCCUGGUUGACAAUCAGUCAUGGUGGAGAAGCAAGCAUUCAAGAUCAAAAUGCAUAAGGGAGUUAAUGAUCGCUAAGUACAGAGUAUCACCUUUUAAAAAUACUAGAGCUUUGCGGAGGAGGCCAAGUUUAGUAUACCAAUCCUCCAGCCAUGGAAAGAAGAAAUUUUUGAAGUGGUUGCCCAAUGUUAGCAUGGCUAGUGUCAGUGAAAGAGCUCCAUUCUCUAUGAUGAAUUUGUACAAAGCCUUGCAUGGUUUCAUAGUGUUUGAAGUUGCAUGGAAAGAUGUAUGGGGUAUCAACUAUUUAAACGAGCUUCAGACAGAUACAUCCCUCGCUUUAGAAGUGAAAUCUCUGAGAAAAUGGGAAUUCAAUGGCAUUGAUCAAGCAUUGAGCUGUAUUUCAUUGUGGUUCUCGAGCACUCCAACUGAAGCACAAACCCUGUGGAGCAGUCUAAUCUUUUUGUAUUACAAAGUUUCUUCUCCUUCUUCUUUGGGAAUCACAGUGGCUUCUAAAGACUUGCUGUUUAAUGUAUCUCAAGCUGAACUAUUUUCUGAAGAUGCGUUCUUUGAUGUCAGGGAAUGCCCCAUUGAGACAAAUGAUAAGUUUUGUAUGGAUAACCAAGUAGGAGAGCCAAUGAUUGGGAAAAGAAAAGAAAAUUUAUGGGAGGAUAGUAGCUUUGAGCCUAUGGAAUACAAGCAUACGUUUCUGCUAUUUGGGUUCAAUGACAAAAAUCUUCCAUUUCAAUUAAACCAAAUUAUUACCUCUGAUUUGAAGCUUCUUACUUUACUUGAGGCAGGCCUUCCCUCUUGGGUUAUCUUUCUUCAAUCCUAUCCAUUUUUCAAUAGAGUAUAUCGUCCCUGGAUGCGCCCUUUAUUGAGAAUCCUUUAUGUGGUAAUCUCAUCCAUAACUGUCAUUAUUGGGUUUUAUGAUCUCUAUAAGAAUGUUCCACUCUUGAAGGCUGCUGCAUCACAUCUUUCUUGGCCAUUUUUUAAGUGGAUUGAAGCGUGUGAUAUGAUUUCGAGAAUCAGGUAUCUUGGGACAAUGUUGUUCCUACAUAAUUUUGAGAAAGCAGUUCGGUUGUUUCUAAUGAAGACACAUGUGAUGAAGCUAUCAGUAUUGCUGCUUACAAGGCACUUGAUUCAUCCACUUGAACAUCUGGUAGGAUUUGUGGUGCCAAUAUGGAGCACUUUCACUGAAAUAGGAGAGAAAAUCUGUAUGAUUGCAAGGGUUGUGGUACAGCCCUUAAGCAACAUCUUAUUGGACUUUGCUAAGGUUUUAUUCUCACCAUUGGAGCUUCUAUAUUCAUUUAUUUUAAAUUUAGGCACUUUCAUUUCUUCACUCUUUAAUAUCAUAUUGGGAUUGCUCCUCAUUCCUUCUCAAGGUUGUCUUCAUUUGGCAAAACAUGUGUCUUCUAUAUUACUAAACAUCUAUGAAGUUCUUGCAAGAGCCUUCAUGGUAUUUACCAAUAGGAAGGGUCUGCUUUUGCGUUUUGUUCAAGUAAAGCCUAGCUCAUCUGAUAUGUCAUUUUGGCAUUCUGUUUGGAAUGAACUCUUCUCAAAGGUCUUCCGGUCCCUUAAAAACAUUAUAUGUGUUCUUGUUACAUUCCUCACUUCCUGCAACAGGCAUAGGUUAAGCAUCCAUAACUACUUUAAAGCAGCCCUUCAGCAGCGUUAUGACCUUUUUCGAUUAGCUCAUCUUCAAUGUUCUUGUCGUCCAGUGCCUCAAUUGGAAAGCCAUCAUAAGGUUGGUAUUAAGAGACAUGAAAAUUGUAGAUGAUCGAUAAUAUGACCAUGCCGCCACCUUUCACUGCCUGUUUUGGAUCACCACAAGAGGUCUUUUUUGUAUUUAGGUGAUGUUAUUGGGAACAAGUUUUCUUCCUCAGUUUCUGAAUUAUGGGCACAGCUGUUAGGUUGACAACUUGUACAUAUAUUUAGUGAGUUGAACAAGCUGUGCAGUGUCGAACUAUCUUUGUUGUAACAUGUGAUAAGAAAAUAUAUUUAUAGCAGGCAUAUUAGCCUGAAUGGUUUCUAUUUGAUU